GUUGGAUUCGACUAACAAGAAGUGAAAUUCAACGAAUCUUAUGACACGAUUCUUUUUCCUUCUGUUGAAGAUCCGUUCUCCAAAUAUGAAAACGACUGAUUGCUCAUCGUUUCACAAACAAUCAAUCCGUGUUAUAUGGGUCAAAGCGAUAUCAGUUUACGACCGCCAACCGCAGUGGCAGCAACCACCGCCUAUUUAUACGAUGCUGGGCUUUUUGUCAGUCGCGGGGUGGUUCUUGUUCUAAACAUCACAUCCGCCGAAAUGUGUGCCUCCUACGCUGACCGAGAGAAGGAGGCUCGCGAGGGACCGCGAGAGGUGGCGAAGACGAAGCGCGAGGGAAGCUACGACAGGAACCACCGCUUCGCUUUCUUCAGUGGCUUCAAACAUCCGCUGCACCAGCCGCUACCAGAUUUUUCGUUUACCCCCUGCCGUCUCAGUUUGCGCCAUAAAGAAACAAGGCUCUCUUGAUCGAUUGUGACCACGUGUGACGUGUCUCGAAGGAAGAGGGAUUGCGAGAUACAUCUGGACCAAGACGAUCGGACACGUCGGCCUUCUUCGAGACGAGAGAAGCGAGAAGGGGGAUGACCGGUGGACGCCGCGCGACCAACGCGACACGCAUUGUAUACCGGAUCCACGUGCACGCGAGAGAGGCAGCAGCUCGUCGAAUCACCAGCUGCCGAUUCGCUGAGGCGACUCCUGGAAACACGGGAGUCGAUCUAAAAUUAGCGGCCCCAGCAUGGCACCCCCGCCUAGCCCUUACAUGGCCACGUCACGGGCAUACACUCGGCUACUUCGAGAGAGAGACAUAGAGAGUGAGAGAAAGAGAAGAGAGAAAAAAAGGAAACAAUAAUAAUCGCAGCUUGCCCGGCACGAGUUGAUCACGCGCGAGAUCUAGC